AUGCAGGACGCCAAGCAUAUUUCAUCGCUUGUUGCCAGUGGACGUCGUCUUAGCCUCCAUGAUGGUGUUCCAUUGGAUGAUCCUUCUGAGUACCGAAGUGUCGUUGGUGCCUUGCAAUAUCUCACUCUCACACGCCCUGAUAUUGCCUUUGCUGUGAACCACGUCUGCCAAUUUAUGCACCAACCUACCUCUGCUCAUUGGGUUGUUGUCAAACGUAUUCUUCGCUAUCUUAAUCGUACUUCCACUCAUGGCUUGUUCUAUAAACCUGGUUCCCUGUCUUUAAUGGCUUAUUCUGAUGCGGACUAUGCCGGUUAUCCUGAUGAUCGUCGCUCCACGAGUGGCUACUGUUUGUAUCUUGGGUCUAAUUUAAUUUCAUGGAGUUCUAAAAAGCAAGGAGGUGUUUCUCGCUCCAGCACCGAAGCCGAGUACCACCAACUUGCUUAUACUGCUGCUGCGAUUUCUUGGUUCCGUGCACUGUUUCGUGAUCUGCAGCUUUCUCUUUCCUAUCCUAAACUUUGGUGUGACAACAUUAGCGCCAUCUCCUUGGCUUCCAAUCCUGUCUUCCAUGCGCGUACUCGUCAUGUUGAAGUCAAUUAUCAUUAUGUUCGUGAGAAAGUUGUGCGGCAGUAG